AGAAGCCAAGCACUAUGUUGCAGCAGCAGCAGCCGCCUCCUCCUCCUCCAUUGCACCGUUAUAGAGACCAUGUAUUUAUUUUAUUUUAGGGGGGUGGGUGUCCUUUUUCCUCCCAUCUGGCUUGCUGGGGGGGUUGAGAAGCUGGAGCUCCUGAUGCACCUGAGCUGAAGCUGCAAAACCAGACCCAGCCCUAUUUUAUUUUAUUUUAUUUUAUUUUAUUUGGUGUGUUUGCACUGGAUUUCCUGGAGCCCCCAACUCAUGCAGAGCCCAGCAUGCGGAGGCUGAAGCGCCUGGUGCUAUUCUGCCCCUUUAAUAGGGCCUUGCAGAGCCGUCUUCCUGGCAUCAAGGUGAAAUACCUCUUCUUUGUCUGGCUGGGCAUUUUCGUGGGCAGCUGGGUGGUCUACAUGCAUUACUCGUCCUAUUCGGAGCUCUGCCGGGGACACGUUUGCCAGGCGAUUAUUUGUGAUCAGUAUCAUAAAGGGAUUAUUUCCGGAUCCACGUGCAAAGAUCUCUGCGAGGAACGUACUUUGGUUUUCCAGCAAUGCCUCUCUUCCUCUCCGACCCAACAGGUAUACAGUGGGCUCUGGAAGGAGGAGACGGAAGUGAUCAUCAAAUGCGGCAUCGAAGAAGCCCUCAAGGCCGACGCUUUCCCAGAGUCGGGGCCCAGGAGAGACGUAGUUCUCUUCAACAAGCCGACAAGGGGGACGUCGAUGGACGAGUUCCGGGAGAUGCUUCUGAACUUCUUAAAAUCCACUCUUGGGGACCAACCCUCCUUGGGAAACCUAGUGAACAAAAUCAUCGCGAUGGCCGACGUCAGUCGAGACGGGAAGCUGUCUCUCGCGGAGGCCAAGUCCAUCUGGGCCCUUGUCCAGCUGAAUGACUUCUUGCUGAUCCUCUCUCUGCACGAGAAGGAGCACGCCUCCAGACUCUUGGGCCACUGCGGGGACUUGUACGUGACCGAGAAAAUCCCGCACACGUCGCUCUACACGGCGGAGGUGCCCUCUUUCUUGCGUCCGCUGUUGCCUUCUGCCGUCCACCGACUCCUCCGCCGGUGGUUCUCCCCGGCCUGGCCGCGCCGAGCCAAAAUCGCCCUCGGCCUCUUGGAGUUUGUGGAGGAGAUCUUCCACGGCACUUACGGCACCUUCUACAUCUGCGACGGAGCCUUCGCCGACAUGGGCUACAACGAGCGGCACGAUUUCAAGGUGACGGACCUGCGGAAGGUGGCCGCCGAGUCGGCGGUGCGGGGCUUCCUCAAAGGCCGGCGCUGCGAGCAGAACGCCGACUGCACCUACGGCACGGACUGCGUGGCGCCCUGUGACAAGCUGAUGAAGCAGUGCAAGAGCGACGUGGUGCAGCCCAACCUGGCCAAGGCCUGCGGGUUCCUGCAGGAGUAUCUGCUCCACGGGGCGCCGUCCGAGCUGAAGGACGAGCUGGGGAAGCAGCUGAAGACCUGCACCACGCUCAGCGGCCUGGCCAGCCAGAUGGAGGUCCACCACUCGCUGGUGCUGAGCAACCUCAAGACGUUGUUGUGGAAGACCAUCUCGGACACCAAAUAUUCGUAGGGAGAAGAGGAUGAAGGAACCAACGAAGGCCAACAUGGGAUUCCUCUCGUUCUCGCUGUUCGGCAAAACAAUCAGACCCCAAAAAACUGCCGCAAUUGGACAAGGAGAACUUUAUGCUGUAUAGAAGGAUAAGCUUUGAUUGGAUGGACAAUCGGCGGGACAGUUGUCCGUUGUCCACAAUUGGACAAGGAGAAUCUUAUGCUGUAUAGAAGGACAAGCUUUGAAUGGAUGGACAAUUGCCCGUUUUGCAGCCAUUUCUUGUCUUACAAUGUCAAUAAACACUGUCUCGUUGUGGUUGCUAUAUUA